AUGCAGCAUUUCUGGUGGUAUAUUGCUUCACUUGCAGCAGGGUUGUUGCCCUUUGCGAUUGCAAGCGAACCCUUGGUGACGCUACCGUAUGGGUCGUUUCAAGGGAAUACAUCUAGAAGUGUGACAUCUUUUCUAGGAAUGCCGUACGCCCAACCACCGCUAGGGAACCUUCGAUUUGCGCCUCCUCAAGCGCCAGAGGCCUUUGAUGGCGUGCGCCUUGCAACAUCUUACGGAGCAGCUUGUCUGCAGCAGACUGGUAGCCCUCCACAGGGUUUAACGAUAAAGCUGUCGUCUCUCGCUGACGUAUCAGAAGACUGUCUCUUUGUGAACGUCUUGACGCCUGCGGCCGUGAAUACUUCCAACAAACUGCCCGUGCUUUUCUGGGUUUACGGAGGCGCCUUCGUAGAAGGCAGUUCGGCAAGUAACCCGGGCAAUAUUAUCGUCGAACGCUCCAUCACCUUGGGCGAACCGAUCAUCUUUGUCUCGUUCAACUACCGCCUCAAUGCAUUCGGUUUCUUGGCAAGCGAGGAAGUCGAAAACGCUGGACUAACAAACAUAGGCAUGAGAGACCAGAGAUUUGCAAUGGAAUGGGUGAAUAAAUACAUCUCCUCGUUUGGAGGAGAUCCAGAUAAAGUCACGAUCUGGGGAGAGAGCGCUGGAGCAUUUGCUGUCGGUCUCCAAAUGAUCAUGAACAAUGGCGAUGCACAGGGUCUCUUUCGAGCUGCGAUAAUGGAGUCCGGAUCGGCAUAUGCCCUGCGCAAUGUAUCCGCUGCGCAAGGGUACUAUGACUUACUGGUAAACUAUACCGGCUGCUCAGGACAAGCCGAUACUUUAGCAUGCCUACGCGAAGCUCCUGCGGAACAAAUUGUUGAGGCAGUCAACUUGACACCAACCACAUUCAACUACACGGGUCAUAACCUAGCCUGGCAGCCUCGUCUCGACAGAGAUCUUUUCGUUCGCAAUCCACAGCAUUCGCUCCUAAUGGGUCUAUACACAAAGGUACCUAUCAUAUCUGGUGACUGUGAUGAUGAAGGGACACUGUUCUCUUUGGGUAAUUUGAACAUAACAACGGACGAAGAGUUUUUACAAUAUAUCGGCUCUAAUUAUAUACCUGGUGCGACCCCUGCAGAAAUUGCGGCAGUCGGGGCAGCAUACCCGGAUAAUCCUAGCUUGGGGUCCCCAUUCGGCACUGGAGAUGCUGAUGUCUUGACCCCUCAAUUCAAGCGCAUUGCUGCAUUUACAGGAGAUUGGCAAUUCGAAGCACCCCGCAGGCUUACACUCAGCGUAAUAUCACAAACACAGGACGCGUGGGCAUACCUAUUCAAGCGCGGAAAAUCUACGCCGUAUCUCGGCGCCUACCAUUCUUCAGACUUGUCCGAGUUCUUUACUGACAUUGAUUAUAUUGGCACGGACGCCCUCAUCAACUUUGUCACGAACCUAGACCCCAAUGCUCCUGCUGGUCUCCCCGCGAACGUCAGCUACCUCUCCGGUAUUCAGUGGCCUCGGUGGACCUCGGGCAAUGUGUCACCGUCUCUUCUCACAUUCCAGGACCCGAUUCCCACUUUCAACUUCACAUCAGACACAUUCCGUGCAGCACCAAUGGCCCUCCUUACUGCUCUUUCUCUGCAGAUGCCGUGA